AUGCAGAGCAACAGUGGGACUUAAAGGUGGGUUUCUCUGAUCAAUCAAAGCGCACAGGAAUGCUCAUCGAGGCGCACAGGCUCUUGCCAUCAACCCUAUGACGUGGACGCCCGAGAUGUUGAUGAAAGUCGCCCGCGUAAUGUCUCUAUCUCCCACACAUGUCACUACGUCCCCUUUACAGCGGCCUGUUCAAAUUUCAUUCGGUGGACUGGUAGAUGUGACAGAAGCUGACGAAGAGGAUGAGACAUACACUUGGGCAGAUGUUCUGUCCCAGGACUGGCGUAUCGUGCGAUGAGGCCGAAGCAUAGGUGAAAUAUCUAGUUGCCUAUUAUCUGUACGUACUACUAGCAACAUGCCGGUUACUGUGCGAUAGAUACGGUGCUGUGGCUUGCGUUUAUACUCGGCAUGAUGGAGUCACGGCAAAUUGCGGCAUGCAUCCAACCCGGGAUCACCCGAGUAGCAAUUUUUACUUUUAUUGGAU